AUGCGGCGCAAUUCAGCUGAGACAUGGGUGAAUGACGUCACCAUCGGCAGCCUCAUACGGAUGGGCGCCAUCGUGCGCCUGAUCCUUAUCAUCUACGCGCACUUUCACGACAGCUGGUUUCGCGUCAAGUACACAGACAUUGACUACAUGAUUAUCGUGGAUGGGGCGCGGGACAUGUGGCUGGGAGGGUCACCCUUUGAUCGAACAACAUUUCGCUAUACGCCACUUCUUGCCGCACUCAUGCUGCCCAGCGUGCUAGUGGCAAACCCGCUUGGAAAGCUGCUCUUCGCCUUGUGCGACGUGGGUGCCGCCUACUACUCCUAUUUAGUUCUCGUAACCUUCGCCACGGAGCGGAGCGCGAAGUGGAUGGUGUCUUUGUUCAUUCUAUUUAAUCCUAUUGUGCUGAACGUAUCAACUCGUGGAAAUAGCGAUAUGCUGGUGACCUUCCUGAGUCUCCUCGUGUUGGCGAAGUUUACGCAGUCCAAGUACUUUCAGGCCGCUUCCAUUCUUGGGCUUGCUGUUCAUUUUAAGUUGUACCCUGUGAUCUACGCCCUUCCGCUGAUACUUGGCGUGUGGGAGCGAACAGACGCUGACACCAUUCUUCAUAAACUAAAACGCGUUGUCCCCGUGGUAACGCUCUGCGGACUUCUCGUGGUGCUUUUCUUUGCUAUUCCCACGGUACUGUGUUACCAGUGGUUUGGUCAGCAAUACCUAGAUGAGGCGUUUCUGUACCACGUGCAUCGUGAGGAUCACCGUCACAAUUUUUCUCCGUAUUGGUUACUCAUGUAUCUCAAUAUGGCGAGCCGACAUCUUGGUGUGGGAGCUGACUAUUCUCCAGGACUUUUUGCGUUUUUGCCUCAAGCCCUUGUGUUGUCCUUUGUUUCUUACAAGCUGCGGCGCAACGUUGCCCAUGCGUGUUGCGUCCAAACAAUGCUUUUCGUUGCCUUUAAUAAGGUGUGCACCGUGCAGUACUUUGUGUGGUUCCUCCCCUUUGUGGCGUUUCUCUUUGCUGAGCCUCGUGAAGGAAAUGAGAAGCUGCCGGGGUUGCUUGAGACGGUGGCCGUCGUCUCGGCCUGGGGCGUGACGAUUCCGGUGUGGAUGUUGACAGCCGUUCAGUUGGAGUUUCACGGCCGGAGUGACUUUGGGAGGUUGUGGCUCGCCUCGUGUGUGUUUUUUCUGGCGAUGGUCGCUCUUUCCGCAUGGUUCGCCCGCAUCGCCUACCGAGUUCAGGAGGCCGCGGCGCAACAGAAGCAAAGGGAGAAGAAAAAGGCGGUCAAACUUGCGUAA